AUGAACAAAGUAGAGAUAAAAACGUUGAAUCUUUUCGUUAUUUGCUUCACCCUUCCGCCGCUCGCUGCCACCAUCGCCGCUGCCGCCGCCACGACGUCAUCGGUUAUCAGCUCCGACUAUAGAGUACACAAGUUUUCUUCUCUGCCUUGCGUAUUCUUUGUGUACAAUGCACAACAUUCACAAACACAAAACGACGACGCUAUACCUUCUAACCCUUUUUUCUUAAACGGUUUUACUCUCUAUUUCUGUUUGAAUUGAACCGUAAAGGAGUAAAAAAACCCUAGAAUUGCUUUUCUCCUUACUUCAGUGCUUCAAGACUUCAAAGCCUCAAGUAUUGGUAGAAUCUGAGAUAUAGCUGGGCAAUUUACUAAUUCCUCCCUAAAACAGUUCGAAACUCCAAAUUCCAGACUUACAGAAUCUUAUGAUUCAAUCCCGAUCUAAUGACUCGAGGAUUACUCAUGCUCCCACAUUACAAUGCAAAAUCACACUUAAUUCGAAUCGGAUUAUCAUCACCCUCAAAGAAUCCUCCUAAAUUUCAUACCUUUUCUUCCAUUUCAAGAAAAUCAAUCCAUGUUCGAUUGUUGUGUGGUUGUUCCUCUAAUCUCCAAGAUGAAUCAAUUGAACUCUCAAAGUACAAAGAAACUUUCUCAAGGCGUAUGGCUAUGGCAGGUCUCAAACCCCAUCAUCAUAUUGCUGUGGGUGUCUCUGGUGGUCCUGACAGCAUGGCGUUAUGUUUACUAGCUGCUGAAUGGAAAACUCAUGGACUGAAUGCUGCUUUAAGGCAAAACAAAGAUGUUAUUGAUGGAUUAUUGGCAAUAAUAGUUGACCAUGGAUUACGUCCUGAAAGCAAAGAAGAGGCAGAAACAGUUCAACAUCGAAUCCUAAAUAUGAGAAUCAGAUGUGAGAUUGCCCAUUGCAAAUGGACAGAUGGUAGGCCAAAACUCAGUCAUUUGCAAGAAGCAGCUCGCGAUAUGAGAUAUGAAAAGUUACAGAAUAUUUGCAUUCAACACCAGAUAGGGGUGCUACUAACUGCACAUCAUGCUGAUGACCAGGCGGAGUUAUUUAUUCUUAGGCUAUCUCGCAAUAGUGGUGUUCUUGGAUUAGCUGGCAUGGCAUUGGCCACUCAGUUAUUUGCUACACAUGGAAUUUCAAAUAGCAUUCUACUUGUUCGCCCACUUUUGGAUUUCUCAAAACAAGAUUUGUAUAAGAUAUGUGAAGAGGGCAAGCAACAGUGGGUGGAAGAUCCCACAAAUCAAAAUACAAUAUUUGCACGCAAUAGGAUCCGAAUGUCAUUGGGAAACUUAUCAUCAUGUAUAUUUAAAUCAGAGUUGCAAGCAGUUAUAUCUGCGUGUCGAAUGACUCGUGUCUAUGUUGACCAAAUUUGUUGCAGUUUGGUGAAUCAAUCCGUGACUGUUAUGCCAGAAGGAUACGCCAUUAUUGAUUUAAGUAUUCUAAAUCCAUCAAAAGUGCUUGAUAUUUGUCUAUCCAAGUUUGUGACACUCCUAUUACAGUUCAUAUCACAAAGGCAAAGACCAGUUCGUGGGAGUGCACAAAAGUUACUAUUGGAUUACAUACGUAUGUUUCCAUGCAAGUCUUCUUUUACCGCAGCAGGUUGUUACCUAUGUCCAUCGCCUAGUUCCAAAGGCACCAAGCUUCUUAUAUGUUGUUCUGUGAAUUCCACUUUACCUAUGAAGAUGAUGAAAUCAUUCUAUGCUGCUGCUUCUUUUAAUGAGAAACUCAAAGUUUCAAGCGACUUGACUCAGAUUAUAGAAAAUGGAAGAUCAUAUUUAAACAAAAUGGUUUUCUUAAAUACAUCUGAUAAAAUUCAUUUUCUAAACACAAAAUCUUCUGAGUCUAUUCUAUCCGAAGCCAAAUGUGUCAAGAUUCUUAGCGAGUCAACUCACACAAGCAUUUGUUCAUUGCAAAAAAACGAACACGAAAAAUUCCAAUUAAAAACCAAAACUUUACCCGACAACGGAUCAUGUAAGGUGGUGGAAUUGGUUAAUAAUGUUAAACAACUUCAUCAAGGGCAAAUUGGUCAUUUCAUGGAUAGGUUCUUGGUUUCAUGGGAGUUUGUUUCCGGUGGUUGUUGUGGUUGUGUGUUUGGUCAAUAUUCGGUCAUGGAGGUGCGCCACAUGGUUGAUGAUGAUUGGUUAUAUCUUUCUAAAUUAAGUAAGAGUGAGAAUUUGUGCUCUGAUUUUGUUAAAGUAUCUGCACGAGAAGCUCUGAGGGUAUUAAAGUCAAUUCCUGUUGCUGCAAGAAGAAGCCUUCCGGUUUUAGUUAACCCCAAAGGGCAGAUUUUAAGCAUUCCAAAUAUUGGCUUUAGCAUUUGCCCAUGUUUGAAGGUAUCUGCCAAAUUUAAUCCAAGAGUACCUCUUGGUGGUGGUUACAGUUCGUUUUUAUGAGUUUUGGAGCCAAAUGUGUUUUUGUAGUUCAGUUUGUAAAUCAUCAUGUUUAUCUUUUAUAAUCUUUUUUUUGGUUAAUUAGUUGAUUUUUGACAACCAAUAGUAUUAUAUAAUAUUUAGUUUUUUGGCCA